CCAUUUUAUAUAUAUCACUAUAAUCAAACACCACCAAGAAAACCUUUCAACACUGUGGGAGGCAAUCAAUCUGGGCAAAAUGACUCAGAUUCGGCAUAUCUCCACAAGCACCAUCCGACUAACAAAUCAUAAUGAUCAGCUAAAUCAUAGAAUUGAAUCAAUUAAGUUAACUCCAUGGGAUCUGCGAUACCUCGAAAUUGAUUAUGUCCAAAAGGGGAUUCUCUUCAACAAACCAGCAGAGGAAGAACACAGCAACGGUUUGGUGCAACACCUCAAAGCCUCCCUUUCCCUUGCCUUGAAUGUCUUCUACCCACUUGCUGGCCGCCUGGCUGUGACGGAAAAUGAAGAUAAAACCACUACUUGUAUUUCCAUCGACUGCAAUGGCGCAGGAUCCCAUUUCGUUCAUGCAGCUGGUGACGGCGUCAAGGUGGCUGAAGUCCUUAACCCUAUCUACAUUCCUGAUCACGUCGUCUGCAACCUCUUUCCCUUGAACGCAGUUCGGUGCUAUGAAGGCGUUUCAAAACCAUUGCUCGCAGUGCAAGUAACUGAGCUUGUGGAUGGCAUUUUUAUCGGCUGCAGCAUAAACCAUGUGGCUGCGGACGGUACCUCAUUCUGGCAUUUUCUUAAUACAUGGUCUGAAAUCGCUCGUACUGGUACUGACUCUGAUAUAAUUUCUCAACCUCGCCCUGUAUUUGGCCGUCAUGAAUUUUAUGAUGGCCUGAUUGAUCUCCCAAUUCGUCUGCCCUUCCCCUGCAAUGAAAUCAUGAGUAAGCAGCAUAUGGCUGCACCGCCUUCUGAUUCUUCACAAAGGGCAGUGUUUCAUUUUUCCAAAGAGAAAGUAGCAGAGCUCAAGGCAAAGGCCAAUGCUGAGAUGGGCACCAAUAACAUCUCAUCUCUUCAGUCACUCAUGGCUCAUAUUUGGCGAGCCACAACGCGUGGCAGACGUUUCCACCCUAACCAAGAGGUUUCUUAUCUGAUUGCAGCGGGGUUGAGGCAAAGAUUGAAGCAGAUGUUGCCAAAAGAGUAUUUCGGAAAUGCGGUUCUAGGCGUUACUGUGAGGUCUACUGCAGGUGAGCUGAUGCAACAUGGACUAGGCUGGGCAGCUUCCCAGAUAAACAAAGCAAUUGCUUCCCUGACAGCUGAACAAGUAAGUAAGUACUUGGAGAAUUGGGUGAAAGCCCCAACAUUUCCUUCGGUUCUGUGGGAUCCAAAAUCUGUGGUAGUGCUCACCGGAAGCUCACCCCGGUUCAAUGUGUAUGGCAAUGAUUUUGGGUGGGGAAGACCGGUUGCCGUGCGAUCCAGAGCUUCCAACAACAUGAAUGGGAAGUUCACUGUCUUUCCUGGGGCUGAAGAAGGGAGUAUUGAUUUUGAAGCUUGCCUUUUGCCUGAGACUCUACAAGCUAUGCUGGAUGAUGCAGAAUUCAUGGAGUCUGUGAUCACCUGAACUAUGUAUUGACGUUGGUCAGUACCAUAGUUAGCUUAGCUGAAUCAAGCAUCUCUAAUAAAAUGAUCCAAUCCAACUUUAAUUUGGUCACAUUUAUUAUAUUAGAUUGAGAAGAAAGUUGGUUUAAUUUGGAUCCCUUUUUUUUUUUCCUCAUAAGUUCAACUGGCACAGCUGCAGAGACUUGAAAACUUAUAUGUGAAUUUUCUAAUUUUACUAUUUA